AUGCCCACUCCGACGAACAAAAACGCGGAAACAAAACAACUUUUUUCUAAACUAACGAGUCGACAGAAAGUGACCGCAGCAGUAGCUGACGACAGUCGGAGUUUACUCAGUAGCUUCUUCUAUUACCGCUAAAUAAAAAGUCGUAAUGGCUUUGAAGAGAAUACAGAAGGAGUUGAAUGACCUACAGAGGGACCCUCCAGCUUCAUGCUCAGCUGGACCUGUGGGAGAAGACAUGUUUCACUGGCAAGCUACCAUCACCGGGCCGAAUGACAGUCCUUAUCAUGGAGGAGUUUUCUUCCUGUCUGUCCACUUCCCCACUGAUUAUCCCUUUAAACCACCGAAGGUUGCCUUUACAACAAAAAUCUACCACCCGAACAUAAAUGGCAAUGGCAGCAUUUGCCUUGACAUCUUGAGGUCGCAGUGGUCACCUGCACUAACAAUAUCCAAAGUUUUACUAUCCAUUUGCUCUUUGCUGUGUGACCCAAAUCCGGAUGACCCGCUGGUCCCCGACAUUGCACAUAUCUACAAAUCAGACAGGCAAAAGUACAACAAACUGGCUAGAGAAUGGACCCAGAGGUAUGCAAUGUAACGGAGUGAAGACGCAACAAGGCCUCGCCUCUCACAACUCCUUAUAACAUGACAGUACUGUUCGACUGCUUUAUCCUCACUGGCUGUAGCUGAAGUGUUUAAUACACAUAAAUGCACUUUCUCUUCCCAAAUUUUACUUGACCCGUUUUAUUUUAUUAUUUUGGCAUUACUGGUAUUAUUUUGAUCACUGCUGAGAUGGAGUGCUUGUGUUUUUCUUUUACAAAUGUGUAUUGUUCAUGACUGUAUUUUGAAUAAUCUUAAAAUAAAAAUAAGAUUCAUUAAAUUCA